CAAUUGACUAUGUGAAAAAGACAACAUAUAUAUAACACAAAGAAACACACAACUUUUAUUUAUUAUUCAAAUCGGUGUAUUAAACUAAGGUUGUUACGAUUUAGGAACACAAAGACAUUGUCAAUUCUCUUCAGCUUCGACCUGUUUCAACUUUUGUUAUGUUCGGAUGCGAUUUUAAUACAAGGGAGAAAUGGGGUAACACCAAUCUUAUCAUCUUUCAACAACAUCUCUUCAAUACAAACCAGUUAUCCUUUUUCAAAUUUUUCAAAUAAUCUGAUCACUGCAACUUCCUGUUGCUCUUUCAAGGUUGUGGUAUGGAAGAGAGUAUUGAUUUGAGAAAUGGUGUGGAAUUGGCAACAUCAGUCUCUGAUAAGCAUCUUGAUCUUCUGAGGCCAUCUGCCAGAAAUUAUUCAAUUUUUAGAGGUCAAGCAAUGGAAGGUGGAGACCCUGAAAAGGGCACCUAUACCUUAAUCAGAGGUCCUGAGGACUUCCAAACAGGACUUUAUGACAGACCCCUUCCAUGUUAUGGUUGUGGAAUUGGAUGGUUCUCAUUUCUUUUGGGAUUUCUGUGUCCACCUCUCUGGUAUUAUGCCACAAUCCUUUACUUUGGAAACUAUUACAGAAAGGAUCCUAGGGAAAGGGCAGGGUUAGGAGCUUCUGCAAUUGCUGCACUGAUAUUCACAGUAGCAUUGCUGAUCAUAGGAACUGUUCUUCAUUUACGCUCACCCUGAUGCCAGUUCCAGCAGUAAAGAUGAUUAAAAUACAUAUCAGAAACAAUUGCAUGUGUAUAUAACUAAGUAUGAAGGAAAAUAUGCUUCAAGAUACUGCAAAAUCUGUGUACUACUAGAGAAGGAUGAGAAGUCACCCUUACUAGAUUUGUGUAUUAAGUGUAUACAAAAGAAUUCUUCACUUUCUUCUUACGAAUCUUACACAGAUUUUAUCAUUCAUGUUAUGUUAUGAGAAUUUUGUUACUGAUUUUGCUAUAAUCAUAAGAGCACAUGUCAAACAAUAGUGAUCAUGUCUUAAGGCAGAACCAUUGUAAC